GGGAAGCGGGGUGGGGAGCAAAAAUGGAAGAACGGGAUCUGAGAAGGCCUGAAGUCAAAGAAGAAUCAGAGUCGGGAGGAAGAAACCUUUGUGUUAUCCAAGUUGGGACCGUCAAGGAAGUUCUAACUGGCAUGGAAAUAAAGAAAGAAGCAAACGAAGGGCUUCGGGAACGCUGGGAGGCUCAGUGGCAGGAGUACCUGAGCAAGAUGCAGCCUCCUCGGUUCGGACAGAGAGACCCACCCAAGUGGAAGGGCUGGUCCCAAGAUGAUGCUCUGGACCUCAGGGCCUCCCUCAAGGCUGUCGGUGAAGCCAGCUGGAGGUCCCCUGGAGAGUGCAGGCCUCCCUGCCUCCCUAAAGAAGCCCCCAAAGCACACGAAGGGCUGGAGGCAUCAACUGAUGCGAAGGAAGAGACGCCCGAGGCAGACCGCGCCACCAGCUCCUUGGAAGCACGACGCUGGAGCUUCCGGCAUUUCUGCUACCGCGAAGCCGAGGGCCCCCGAGAAGUCUUGAACCACCUUCAGGCCCUUUGCCGCCAAUGGCUGGAGCCGGAGAGACGGACCAAAGAGCAGAUCCUGGAGCGGGCGACCCUGGAGCAGUUCCUGGCCAUCCUGCCCCUCGAAAUGCAGAACUGGGUCAGGGAACAGGGGCCGGAGACCUGCGCCCUUGCAGUCGCCCUGGCAGAGGGUUUCCUUCGCAGGCUCCCAGGGGCCGAGAGUCCGGGAGGAAAGGUGAGCAAAACGUUGGGUGAGCAGAUUUCCCGCUCCUUCACUCGGAGGUGGGAAACGAAAUAAAACUGCGAGCCUUCUAGCAUG